AUGGCAGGCGGUGGACGCGCUCUGAAAGAAGCAGUUCCUGCCGCACUGAAACUAUGGAAAACAAUGAGAAGGCAGCAAAGCAGGAAUAGAGUUGCAGCCAAAAUCAUACGAAAGACACAUCCAGAAUCGGGACCUACAAUAGGGCACUCGGCUAAGGAUACAAAGGUCAUCCCAGACCCUGCAAAGAAGGCCGAGGAGUCCGAUGUGCUGGUCUCUGAUUCAAGCACACAAGUGAAAAUCAAGGAACCUAGGAAGCCAAGGGUGCAAGGUCCAAAUAUGUCCCGGCCUCCAAGGCCGAAUUGUCUGCAGCAAAGACUCCAAGAAGAUACAUUACCCAAAUGGAGCCGCCCUCUGGGCCACCAGCUAAAGACGCAGAGGUCUCUCGAGAACCUAUGCCUAAGGCUGCGGAGACCUGUGGGCUAG